UAAAGCGUUGAAUUCUGCGCGCGUGUCAUCACGGGCCCGGGCCGGGCGAGCGUGCACUGACUGUACUCGUACUGCGUACCGCGAAUGCCAGGUGUACCGGUAGAUCUACGCGGUGUGUGCGCGCUUUGUUUUGUGUAGCACGCAACUCGAUCGCCUCUCAAAAAAAGGCUCUCAUGCUAGCUCCGUACUACACGUACCUGCUGAGAUCAUGAUCAAGCUCUUGCAAAAAAAAAGCAACUGAACUCAGCUCAUGCAAUCAAGAAAAAAGUUCAUUUCCUUGACCACGAUAUUGAAAAAAUAAUUGUGUUGUGGAUUUGUGCUCUGGUGUUCUUCUUGGUUUGGAUCUCCCACUAAUGCCCUUCAUAGUCUGCUCUGAGUUGAUGUUACCCAUCUAUGCAUUCGAAGAAGUACGAGCCACCAGACUUGCGCAAAGCAUCGUCAUUUCAAACCCGCGAGGAUGCUCUUGCGAAAAAAACAUGUCAAUGGAAAUCGCUGGAGAUCUAUGGGAAAGUUCUGACCGUGAGCAACGAGGUGUUUGGAAUGAAUCAUCUGACCAGUCUCCACAUGGCCAAUAAUCGGAUAUCUCAUUUGCCCAGCUGUGUCGGCAAUCUUCGAUCGCUUGAGUUUCUCGAUCUCUCAAACAAUGUUUUGGAAGAUUUGCCCAAAGAGAUAGGCGAUUUGCUGAACUUGCGUGAGUUACACUUGAGGCACAACCAGUUGAGAGAACUCCCGUUUGAGGUUGGGCGACUCUUUCAGCUCAGCAAGCUAUCUAUCGAAGGUAACCCGUUCAACCAGGAGUACCCUAGCGCUCAUCCCUCGGAUCCACAACCUAUUCUUCUCUAUCUCCUUGAUAAUCUGCAAGUUGCUCCUCAGCCACCUCCUCGGCAAUGGACUAGAGUACAUUCCUUGACUGAAACCGGGUUUACUGGCUCUGGUGAGCGGUUUUCUGUGAUGUCGUACAACGUUCUCAGCGAUAAAUACGCUACGCGCCAGCUAUAUGGAUACUGUCCAUCAUGGUCCCUCAUCUGGUCGUUUCGGAGAGAUCUGAUCUUUAAAGAGCUGUCGCAGACGAAUGCUGAUAUCAUAAGUUUACAGGAGGUUGAAACAGUAGAGUUCCAAAACUUCUUCCAGCCGAAGCUGACGGUACUUGGCUAUGAUCAUAUUUUCAGUGUGAAGUCCCGCGCCAAGACGAUGCCGGAGUCCGAAGCUAGGCAUGUAGAUGGCUGUGCGAUAUUCUUCAAGCGCAACCGCUUUCGCAUGAUCCAUCGGUACACUAUGGAGUUCAACCAGAUGGCAGCGCAGCACUCCAAGGGAGCGCCCGACAUGCUUAACCGGGUCAUGACAAAAGACAACAUUGGCAUUGCAGCGCUUCUCGAGGUGAAAGGGCUCAGUGGAACUCUCCGCUCUACCCCGUCACCACCAGACAUCCUUGUAGCCAAUGUACAUAUUACCUGGGAUCCGGAGUUUCGCGAUGUGAAGCUGAUCCAAACUUUCAUGAUGAUGCGAGAGCUUGAGACCAUUGUGCAUGAGGCGAUCCAGGAGCGUCAAAGGAAUCCUGCACUCGGCGUGCGUGAGAUUCCUCUGGUUCUUUGCGGUGACUUAAACUCUCUGCCUAAAUCUGGAGUGGUUGAGUAUCUUGAUAAAGGUGAGGUGCCCACGAAUCAUUCCGACUUCCUCAAUAAAUUCUACGACGGGUACCUGGCACGACUAAUUGGCGAAAGCAAACAGACGGAAAAGACCAGCUCCGGUGGAGGUAAGGCAGCGCCUUCUGGAAGCUCAUUGUCAUCAGCUGAGAAGAUUACGCACAGCUUCAACCUGUCACGCGUCUAUGACAAGGACUUUGAGCUGCCGUUCACCAACAUGACGCACGACUUCACCGGAGUCAUUGAUUACAUCUUCCACACGACCGGCUUCCUGCAGGCGAGGCAUCUGCUCGGCCCUCCCGACCCUCAGUGGCUGGAGGAUAACCGCAUCGUUGGCUUUCCCCAUCCUCACUUUCCGUCGGAUCACAUUCCCCUGGUUGCUGAGUUUGAGCUAUGCAUCAAGACCAAUUCCAGCGCGAGCGGUGCGGGAGGCCGACCUUCUAGUCGGAAUCGCCAGUCCUGAUACCUCUGUCCAUGUGUGUCGAGAGCAGCCCAGCUGUGCUAUGCGCAUGCCGUAGCAGCAGAAACCCUAGAUCCGUUCCUGGCCAUCGCGCCACUGAGUACGAGUGAAUCCCCUUCAUCAGAUUUGAUCAUCAAACGCCAUCAUCAUCAUCACCAUCAUUCAGAUAUCCAUGUGUACAUGCAAACCUACAUUCACACAAACUUAACAUAAGCAAGCACCUGUCACCCGCCACAUCGCUCUCUCUCGCUAUCUAGCUCUAUUCUUUCUUCGACCCCACCAUCAAGGCAGCAACAGCGACACCAUCUUCACGACCAUCUGGACUUGAGUUCCGUGUUUUGGAGCAUCGAGAAGCAUGCCAGAGUUACGUGUGGUGUGUGCCACGCCAUCGUCAGCCCCGCCGCCGCUGCUGUCUUUUGGCCGGGCCUCCCCUUUGAUAAUGUAGGACAAAGACCAUGUUGCCCAUAUAUAUAUAUUAUAUAUAUCAUACUCCUGCUAUUGUACUGUGUCAUGUAUUUAGGUGAACAAACGGCAUAAUCAUCACAUACUCGCAAGCUCUCCUUCUGUCUCCUCUCAUCCUCACGAUCAACAUCGCCGCUGCCGCUGGCAGUGUGUGUAUGUGUGUGCGUGCGUGUGUGUGUAUGCGUGUCAGUGAUUGGUUUUUCCAUUGAUGUUAUCGUGUUCUUGUCGCUAUGCGUGUCUCCUGGCCGCCAGCUUGCGUGCCCUAGGUCUAGUUCAUUGGCUGCACUUUGUACAGGAUUAUCUUCUUUUUCCUCGUCUUCGAUCCUCUUUCCUUUCAACCUCCUCUCUCUCUCUCCCUCUCUCUCUCCUCUCUCUCUCUCUCUCUCUCUCUCUCUCUCUCUCUCUCUCUCUCUCUCUCUCUCUCUCUCUCUCUCUCUCUCUCUCUCUCAAUGUUGCCUUGUGUCUGUUGUUGUUGUUUUUUAAUUUUAGUCUUGCCGCUUUUUUCCGUUCUAGUAGUCGUUGUCUUCUUCCUUCUGUUUUGGUGAUGGCCGUGUCUGAAUGACCGCCAGUUUGAUGUUGCUCAUGUUGUUGUUUUGUAUGUGCUAUGCCAUUUCUCUUUAAUCCCAUUUCAUCUAUGAGCUCCUUUUUUCAAGUCCUGGUUAGCUGCUUCCCACGCGUUCUCUUCUGUCCUCGAUGUCUUGUACAUACGUGUAAAUGAUGUGUUUGGUUGGCUUGUGGCUGGCUGCAAGUUCUUCCUUAUUUCCAUAGGACUGUUCGUGUUUUCUUGUUUCCGUUUGCCUCGGUGGCUUUGUGGAGUGGCAGUUAUUUUUCCAAUUGCCUUUUGUAGUGCUGUUCUGUUGGCAUUGUGCACUAGACUGUGUGUGUGUGUGUGACCCUGGAGCAUAGCUGGUAUAUCCGUGUAUGUUUACUCAUCUAGCAUCUGUGUAUGCAUGUAUGUGACCAUUGUGUGUGCGUGCGCGUAGGCGUGUUUUGCGUGGCCUCAUCUCGCCCUCUUCAGCGUUUUCUACUAGUACUUUGCAUUCCCUCUGUGUCUACCGUUCCUUCUUGUUCUGUUUCUCUGGUGCCUGCGCCAGCCAGUGCCGCCACCCGUAUCUGCACAUGUGUAUCAUACGUAUGAAAUACUCUGUUUGAAUGCCAUGAGCGCGCUCUGGAUGCGUGCGGCAUUGCCUUUUUUUGUAUUUUUUGUACAUGUACUCCUGAUUUUUACUCUGUUGUACAGUAUUAUCAUAUGCAAUGAACAGGCGGCAGCUGGCGCUGUGUCCUCCUGUGCUGUGUUACAUUGAGCCCUUGUGAAUGUUCUGUGCGCUUUCUUAGCUGAUGAGCUCCUCAGCGUUUCCUCUGAUAUGUUCAGUAUUUCUUGGAAUGGUGUGUGACAAUGCGCGCAGCUCUACUGUGCGCUUUCGACUUUUCAACACGUAAAAAGAAACUUUU